CUCACAUUGUACUUAUUUCUCAGUUCUAACUUUAACCACUUUGACUGAAUCUUUUCCUUUGAAAUUUGGUAGAGAUUUCAACAGGUUUGGUCCUUACAAAAGAGAGAGGGAGAGAGAUAUAGGAAGAGAGUGUGAAAGAGAGACGAGAGCAAAAGCUUUGUGGGUGAGCUUGAAUUAGAGAGAUGGCUACGAACGCUGGUUAUCUUCGGUGCAAAGAAGAGCGCAAGAAUGAAAGCUUCUUCAAGGUUGUUCAGAGUAUAAAUGUUUCUUCAGAAAACAAGAGAGCACUUCCACAUGACUUUUCGAGAAGCUUCACCGACAAAGAGCUCUCACGUAAGAUGAAGAUAAGAGCGCAAUGGGGAAACUCUUGGGAAGUAGGAAUCUCUAAAAACCCUAGAUUUUACUUCAUGGAGAAGUCUGGCUGGGAGAAGUUUGUGAGGGACAAUGCUUUGGGAAACAGUGAGUUACUUACCUUCACUCACAAAGGGAAAAUGCACUUUACCGUGAACAUCUUUAAGCUAGACGGGAAAGAGAUGAUGCAACCUCCACAAUCCAGAUCCUUCUUUGCUUCUUCAAGUCGUAUCAAAACAGAACAAGAGGAAAAUGACAUUAAGGAAGAGGUAGUGGUAUCUUCUAACCGUGGCCAGACAACUGCAGCUGAAUCUAAAGGAAGAAAGCUCAACCUUGGGAAGAGGGCAGCUAAGGAAUCCCAAAGUUCUAAAAGGACCGAGAAAGUGGUUAGAGCCCGAAGUGAUUACGCUGGUGCCUCUUCAUCUACUGCUGCAGCAUUCACCAUCUUGUUCAAGCAAGGAUAUCUCGUAUUCCUGAGGAUCCCGAAUUCUGUAUCGAAGGAUCAAGUGCCGGAUGAGAAAACAGUAUUCAAGAUCCAUCACCCAAAUGGGAAGAAAUCAUGGAAUGUGGUUUAUCUGGAGAGGUUUGGAGCUUUCUCUGGUGGAUGGCGUCGUGUGGUUAAAGAGUAUCCCCUUGCUGUUGGUGAUACCUGCAAAUUCACAUUCAUCAAACCAAAGGAGCUACUUCUAGUUGUCUCCAAACCCUAAUGAGGAUGGAUGUGAGGGUGUCUUGGAGAAGAAGUUACUACGUAAAAGAACUUUAUUGUCUUAAGUUUUAUGUAAUGACUUUAGUUUGGUUUUUGCAUAUGAACUUUGCUUCUUGUUUAUCGGAUGUAGCUCUGUAGCUUAAUAUUUUGAGACCAAUUUAUCAAAAUCGUUAUAUGUAUGAAUUGAAUGACCCUAGAAUCAAAUUAUCAACUCAAUGGUAACCUUUUAUUGUCAA